CACGGGGUUCCGGUCCGACCCUGAUUCCCGGCAGCCCCCGCGGUGCUCUCUCUCUUCCGGUCCGGUGGCGGCGGCGAGCGCGGCUCCGGUGCGACCAUGGCCAAGUCCAAGAACCACACCACGCACAACCAGUCCCGUAAGUGGCACAGAAAUGGCAUCAAGAAGCCCAAAACCCAUAGAUAUGAAUCUCUCAAAGGGGUUGAUCCCAAGUUUCUGAGGAACAUGAGAUUUGCAAAGAAACACAACAAGAAGGGGCUGAAGAAGAUGCAGGCCAACAAUGCGAAGCAGGCAGCUCAGCAGGCUGCUCAGCAGAAAAAGGACUGAUGUGAUUUAACAAGAAGACCCAGUUUUCUUACUGGCAUGUGUGUUACAGCAUUUUUUAAAAUAAAAUUGUAUGUAACAAAGCCUUCACCUCCUGAAUUUGAGGAGAGGCCUUGUUUGAGUUGUAUUUUA